GCAUCGUGAACUUGAUCUUGAUCCGACACAUUUGAAACCUUUAGAGACCUUCUGAGUGGAAUGAUGAAUAGUUAUUAAAUAGUUAGCAAUUAAUACUUGUUAAAUCGUUAUUGGAAACAUCUGGGCAGCAUCUCCACAUCUUUCUACUCAUUGAGAUUGAGAGGGUCUUCUUCUAGGAAAGACCACCCUGCUUCUCGUCCUUAUUAAAGAGAGAACAGCCCCCUGGGACCAACAAUAAGCAGCUUACAUAAAAACAGAGUAAACCAAUGCUGAACUGCCAUAUUAACAAUAUGGAGUUGUGUUUGUGUCCAGGUCUCAAGUCUACUAUGGAUGAGGAGAGAGAGGAGGGGGCUCCUACCUCUAAAACCACUCUGUCUGGGGAACAUGGCCGCCAGGGCAAAGCUAAGAGAAGGAGGCAGGAGAGAGCAGACUCCCCUGGACCCAGCUUUGUCUCCAUGAAGAGUGAUUGGUCUAUGGGACAUCCUCCUGACCUUAAAUAUGGACACCCUUCCAGAGAGGAGAGCCCAGAGCAGCAGGUGAGAGCAGACUCUGCUGGACCCAGCUGUGUCUCCCUGAAAAGCGACUGGUCUAUGGAGCAUCCUGUUGUCCAAUUUAAAGAUGGAAAUCAGUCUAUUGAGAAGAGAAGAGUCCAGCAUGAGAGAGCUGUCUCCCCUGGACACAGCUAUGUCUCCUUGAAGAGCGACCACUCUAUGGAACUUCCUGUUAGUUUUAAAGAUGGACGCCCCUCCAGAGAGGAGAGGCAACCACAGGAGAGGUCAAAGGUUACCAGUGCUCAGUCUGUACAGCAGAAUCAAACAGAGCUGAUCAAGAGGGCAGAGGAGAAUGCACACGCUUUUCUAGACAAGGAGCUGAAGAAGCUCUGGAGGGAUCUCUUCUCAGAUUACCCACAAUGCUCAGAGAGUCAGAGGGAGGAGGAGGAUGAGGAGGAGGAGGAUAAGAAGCAGGCGCAGAGGAGACGCGCCAUAGAGGGAGUGGUGGACAUCACAAAGCUCUGCCUGAUGGAGAUGAACCAGGAGGAACUGGCCGACUCACUGGGUAGUGGAGCUGUUUCUGUCCAGUGCAAGCAUGAACUCAAGUCUCAUCUGAAGAAGAAGUUCCAGUGUGUGUUUGAGGGAAUCGCUAGAGCAGGAGAGCAGAGACGUCUGAAUGAGAUCUACAUAGAGCUCUUCAUCACAGAGAGAGGCAGUGGAGAGGUCAACAAGGAACAUGAGGUCAGACUGAUUGAAAAGGCUUCCAAGAAACCAGCCAUUGAGGAAACACCAAUCAGAUGUGAAGACAUAUUCAAACCCUUACCUGCACAAGAUAAACCAAUCAGAACAAUAAUGACAACCGGAGUGGCUGGCAUUGGUAAAACCUUCUUAACACACAAGUUCACUCUGGACUGGGCUGAAGGCAAAGCAUACCACAACAUAGACUUCACAUUUCUCCUCACUUUCAGAGAGCUGAAUUUACUGAAAGGGAAAGAGUUUAGCUUGGUGGAACUUCUUCAUCAGUUUUCUGUUGGAACCAAAGAAUUAGGAAUCUACAGAUCAGACCAUGUCCAAAAAGUCUUCAUCUUGGAUGGUCUGGAUGAGUGUCGACUUCCUCUGGACUUCCAGUACAACCCGAUCUGGACUGAUGUCACCAAGCCGACCUCAGUGGACGUGCUGCUGACUAACAUCAUCAGGGGAAUCCUGCUUCCCUCUGCUCACAUCUGGAUAACCACACGCCCUGCGGCAGCCAAUCAGAUCCCUGCUGAGUGUGUUGAUAUGGUGACCGAGGUGAGAGGGUUCAAUGACCCACAGAAGGAGGAGUACUUCAGGAAGAGAUUCAAAGAGGGGACACUGGCCAGAAAAAUCAUCUCUCACGUCAAGAAAUCUCGAAGCCUCCACAUCAUGUGUCACAUCCCAGUCUUCUGUUGGAUCACUGCAACAGUUCUGGAGGACUUCUUCAAAACAUCCCAGAUAGGAGAAGAGGGGCCCAAGACCGUGACUCAGAUGUACAGCCACUUCCUGAGGGUUCAGUCCAUACAGGGGGACAGGAAGUAUCGUGGGAGAGCUGAAACCGAUCCACCCUGGAGUUCAGAGAGCAAAGAGAUCAUUGUUUCUCUUGGGAAAUUGGCUUUUAACCAGCUGGAGACAGGCAACCUGAUCUUCUACGAGGCAGACUUGGCAGAGUGUGGCAUUGAUGUCAGAGCAGCUUCAGUGUACUCAGGAGUUUUCACCCAGAUCUUUAAACAGGAGUGUGGGCUGUACCAGGGCAUGGUGUUCUGCUUUGUCCAUCUGAGCAUCCAGGAGUUUCUGGCUGCCCUUUAUGUAUUUCUGUCCUACAUCAACACUGGUGUCAAUCCGAUAUCAGAAGAACAGCCUACCUCGAGCGAAGCUGAACUCCUCCUCCUCUACCAGAGUGCGGUGGACAAGGCCUUACAGAGUGAGAACGGACACCUGGACUUGUUCCUCCGCUUUCUCCUGGGCCUCUCUUUAGAGACCAAUCAGAUUAUUCUACAAGAUCUGCUGGGACCAAGAGGAAAUACAUUACUGGGCAAUCUAACUAAAAAAGUUCUGCCGGGACAGACAGGAAGGUCACAGAUCAAUACCCAAAUAGUCCAAUACAUCAAGGAGAAGAUAGGUGAAGAUCUCUCUCAAGAGAGAAGCAUCAAUCUGUUCCACUGUCUGAAUGAGCUGAACGACCGUUCUCUAGUGGAGGACAUCCAACAGUACCUGACAUCCGGAAGUAUCUCCACCGAAUCUCUCUCCUCUGCUCAGUGGUCAGCUCUGGUCUUCAUCUUACUGACAUCAGAGGAGCAGCUGGACGUAUUUUACCUGAAGAAAUACUCUGCUUCUGAGGAGGGUCUUCUGGGCCUACUGCCAGUGAUCAAAGCCUCCAAAACAUCUCUGCUGAAUGGCUGUAAGCUGUCAGAGAGAUGCUGUGAAGCUCUGGCCUCAGUUCUCAGCUCCAACUCUUCUAGUCUGAGAGAGCUGGAUCUGAGUACCAAUAAUCUGCAGGAUUCAGGAGUGAAGCUGCUCUCUGAUGGACUGGGGAGCCCACACUGUACACUGGAAACUCUCAGGCUGAAUGACUGUGAUCUGUCAGAGGAAUGCUGUGAAGCUCUGGCCUCAGCUCUCAGCUCCACCUCCUCUAAUCUGAGAGAGCUGGACCUGAGUAACAAUGAUCUGAAGGAUUCAGGAGUGAAGCUGCUCUCUGCUGGACUGGGGAGUCCACACUGUACACUGGAAACUCUCAGGCUGAAUGGCAGUCAGCUGUCAGAGAGAUGCUGUAAAGCUCUGGCCUCAGUUCUCAGCUCCAACUCCUCUCGUCUGAGAGAGCUGGACCUGGGUACCAAUGAUCUGCAGGAUUCAGGAGUGAAGCUGCUCUCUGCUGGACUGGGGAGUCCACACUGUACCCUGGAAACUCUCAGGUUGUCUGGCUGCCUCGUCACACAGGAAGGCUGUGCUUAUCUGGCCUCUGCUCUGAGCUCCAACCCCUCCCAUCUGAGAGAGCUGGACCUGAGCUACAAUCACCCAGGAGACUCAGGAGCUACGCUGCUCUCUGCUGAACUGAAGGAUCCACGAUGGAGACUGGACACUCUCAGUGUGGAGCACAGUGGAGUGUGGAGACUGAAACCAGCUCUAAAGAAGUAUGCCUGUGAACUCACACUGGACACAAACACAGCCCACAAACAACUCUCUCUGUCUGAGGAAAACAGAAAAGUGACGCGGGUUGAAGAGGACCAGUCGUAUCCGGAUCACCCAGAGAGAUUUGACUCCUGGAAACAGGUGUUGUUUAGAGAGGGUCUGACUGGCCGCUGCUACUGGGAGGUAGAGUGGGAAGGAGAGGUUUAUAUAGGAGUGACAUACAAAGGAAUCAAAAGGAGAGGAGCGGGUAAUGACAGCGGAAUUGGAUGGAACAGCAAGUCCUGGGUUCUUCUUUGUCGUGAUAAUGCUUACUAUGCCCGUCACAACAGUAGUCUCAAAACCAUACGUCUCCCACCCCCUCGCUCUAACAGAGUAGGAGUGUAUCUGGACCGGCCUGCUGGCACUCUGUCCUUCUACAGAGUGUCCCAAGGUGGAGGAGGGUCCUCAGACAUACUGACACACAUCCACACCUUCCAGUCCAGCUUCACCAAGGAGGACCUCCUCCCUGGGUUUGUGUUAACUGAGCCUGGUUCCUCAAUAUCUCUGUGUGAUGAUCUCUGACCAUUGACAGGAUUGGGAAAUUUCCUGAACGGCCGGACGUUUUCAGGCCGAGCCGGCUGGCGGUCAUUCUUAUAUUUUAAAAAGUAGUGUAAGACGUAAUUUGGGCCGCCCUGCUAGAUAUUUGCAAACAGUGCGAAACGGAGCUCUGGCCGGCCGUUAAAACGGGGCCGAUGUAUUACUGUCAAUUUAGAGGGGGGAUAACUUUAAACACAGUGUAUGGGGGCAAAGCGAGCCGCCGAACGGCCCCUCCAAACUUUAACUGCUCCGUGUUUUGUCAAAUCUGACUGGCUCAGCCUGGGUCACUUAUAUUCCCGUUUACCUCCCUCUGAUGGCAGUUGGUGUUUUUGAGACAGGGGGUCCGUUGGUCUCCGGCUCCCUCUAUCAGCCGGGUUGCCACACACACACACACACACACACACACACACACACACACACACACACACACACACACACACACACACACACACACACACACACACACACACACACACACACACACAGCGUUCAAGAAUAUAUGAACACAUAUACACAAACAUAAACACACAUUCACGCAAACCGUUCUUGAAUAUAUAAACACAUACACAAACAAACACAUAUGAACAUAGACAAUAACACACAGACACACACACGCACACACAAAUUGAUCAUGAAUCUAUACACACACACCCACAAACACACAUACAUCGUUCAUGGAUCUAAACACAAAGCAGGUCUGUGUGCUCGUGGUUCAUCUCUCAGCCCUCUGAGUUCAGCUGGGCUGCUGAGCGUCCGAUUAGAGGGGGCUGCUUGGGUUUGGGGGGUCCUCACAGUCCUGACGUUGUUGAGGACCAGCUGUUAGGGGGACGUUUGAAUACCUAUGGACCCAUGGACGUACCUGUAGUGUAUCGGGUAGUUGAGCAGCAGCUGUGUGUGCUCUGAGGGGUCAACCCGUUCAUUGGAAAUACAACACUUUGUGAUUGAUUUAAAUGCUCCACUGAACUCCAAAUGCUGCAUUUUAUUGGGCUUCUGAAAGGUUCAGCAUAAACCAUGAAAGGACUUUUAAGAUCUUCCAUUGGGUUAAGCAGGUUGUAUAAAGAUUUAGCUUGUUGAUUAAUGAUGACUAAAUAUAAAACAUACUUCAAUAUUUUGUAUAUUAUCAGACAUUAAUAGUUUCCAAAUAAAGGGCUCUGAAAUGCAUAUUAACUUUGAUAAGCCUAACAAAGCAGAUGUAAGAUAUUCAUAAUGCAAGUUGUCGAUGGAAAAAGCUCAUGAUGUCCAUGUUGUGAAUGACUUUCAAAUGAAUAUAAAUUCCUUGUGAUCAGUUGGUAACAGCACAGCAACAGAACAGUUAUUAAGGAAAUGUGCCCCUGUUUAUGAUUUGUAUUUGUUAAUAAACCAUGAAGUUAAUAUCCAUCUCAACGGAUCCAAUAAAUCUGUAUCACAUGAUGUAGGCCUACUCUAUCCCUCACCUGCUCCUUAAUCACAUAUAUCAGUAUUCACUGUAUAUCCCCUACUCGCUCCUUAAUCACAUAUAUCAGUAUUCACUGUCUA